UGGCAGUCCCUGUCACUGCACCGCUCGCGCUCCCUUCGCUCGCCGCGCCCUCGCUGCCUCUCCUCGCCCCCUCGCUCCUUCUCUUCCCAGAUCGAGGCUGCUCCGGUCCUCUCCACCUCCCCACGCAGCGACCCCGCGUCCCGCUCGCACCGCGCCCCUGUGCCGCCCUCCCAGGCCCUGGAUCGGCGGCGGGGACCUCCGGGGUCGAAGGUUCUGGCCCGCCCGCGCCCCUCGCCCCUGCCGCCCCCAGCGCUGCUCCGAGCCGGCUCGGGUUGCUUGGCGAUGGCUCGCCCGCACACCGGGCGCUGAAGGCAUCCCGGGGACCCGGAGCGCAGCCCGGGAAAGGGUCGACCCCAUCCCAUAUGACACUCCAAAACCAGCGGGCCACACGCGGUUUGUCUGCAUCUCAGACACACACUCCAGAACAGAUGGUAUCCAGAUGCCUUAUGGGGACAUCCUUCUCCACACAGGCGAUUUCACCGAGCUGGGACUGCCCUCAGAGGUUAAGAAGUUUAAUGACUGGUUAGGAAACCUGCCAUAUGAAUAUAAAAUUGUGAUUGCUGGGAAUCAUGAACUGACAUUUGAUAAGGAAUUCAUGGCAGACCUCGUUAAACAGGACUACUACCGUUUCCCUUCUGUGUCCAAAUUGAAACCAGAGGACUUUGACAAUGUUCAGUCCCUCCUGACAAACAGUAUUUACUUGCAAGAUUCAGAGGUAACCGUGAAGGGAUUCAGGAUAUACGGUGCACCCUGGACCCCGUGGUUUAAUGGAUGGGGCUUUAACCUACCCAGAGGCCAGUCUCUGCUGGACAAAUGGAACCUCAUCCCUGAGGGCAUCGACAUACUCAUGACACACGGACCUCCUCUAGGUUUUCGAGACUGGGUUCCAAAGGAACUUCAAAGGGUGGGCUGCGUGGAGCUCUUAAACACAGUCCAGAGGCGCAUUCGGCCCAAGCUCCAUGUGUUCGGUGGGAUUCAUGAAGGGUACGGCAUCAUGACCGACGGUUACACCACCUACAUCAAUGCCUCAACCUGUACAGUCAGCUUUCAACCGACCAACCCUCCAAUCAUAUUUGACCUUCCGAACCCACAGGGCUCCUAAAGCACUCAGCAUCCCAUUGGAAUGUGAGGGACGGUCUACAAACUGCCAUUUUUCUAAUUAUAAACUCACAUUCUCUGAUUUGUUUAUUUCCAAAUCCUGUGAGUUCUUUUUGUAAAUUGUUGGAACAGGAGGGGAAAGAAAAGGAAGAAAAAAAGAUGCUAGCGUUGUGCCGCCUCUAUUUUGCUUUUUUGAGUGGGGUAUCCAUUUGAAAUCAAAGGAGCAUUGUGAAUUUGUAAAAUGACUUCUGUUUGCUCAAAGGCCACGCCAUUGUAAAUUGUUAGUAUUUGCCAAAGGACAGCCAAGCUUUCUUUAAAAAAAAAAAAAAAAAAAAAAAGAUGAUUUAAAAAGUCUUAUUUGAAUAUGCUUUAAGCUGAAAGGAAAAGAUUUAAAAAAAAAAAGACAGAAAGAAACACAAAAGCAGUGUUUUGAAAAAUUACCCAGAUUUGCACAACUCCGAGUAUUGUUUGAUAUGUUUUAAUUUUCAAUGUUUUGUUGUUGUUUUCUUGGUAUUGCCUCAUUUUUAUUUUACAAAUGUGGCCCCAAUUUAGAGCAAUCUCAACAGAAGUUGGUUAGGAAAAACCUUAGCUUCUCUCUGGCUAUAAAGAAGACUGUGUCUGAGGUGGGGGAAGAACAGCCCUCAUGCAGAGGCUUAGCCAGAGAUCCAUAUCAUGAUGCUACUAACUCUCACUGUUUGUUUCUUUUAAAUUAUUUGAGCUUUAAAAAUAAGGAAACAAGAAUCUGUCAAGAGAUGGUCAUGCAAGGAAAAAGAAAGUGUGCAGACUCCUUUUCCAUGUGGAUUUAUAUAUAUAUAUAUAUAUAACUAUUUUUUGUGCAUUACGACUCAGUUGGGAGUUUAAUCUUGCCAAGGACAGUACAACUGCGAAGCCACAUCGGUAGCAGCACACCAGACGACUGAAGGAACUGACCCAUUCUUUCUUCAAACUCAAGGUCUUAAAGAACUUGAGUCCAGUCUAGGUACAGUAACCAGUGUGUAUAGACUCCAGUGGAUGCAUCGGAAGCGAACUAAAUAAGGCUUAGUCGUCCUUUCUAUUUAAAGGCCCUGCAUUGUCUUCUCACUCCCUUCUCCUUACCAUUUUGCACUGUGUGUUGAUGCAAUCUUCGCUAGCACAAAAUAUUGUUGCUAAUAAUCCUUUCUGGUCUCCCAUUGUCGAUGCCAUUGAGUGCUAUUCUAUUUUAUGUUACCUUCAAAUUUAGGAAAGCAGUUGUUUUCUUUAAAUUUAUUGUGAUAUUCUAUAUCUAGCGGCCUUUAUAUGCAAAUAAAAUUGCAAGAUUUUUAAAUCGGUGCUGCGUGGUUGGGCUGCCUGGGGAAGGGCAGGGUAGGUUUGUCCUGGGGCUAGGAUGAUUUAUUUACGUGCAAUUUGAGUAAUCCCCUUCUGAACAAUUAGAAUAGUGGGUUUGUUUUUCUAAUUUUUCAAUAACUGUUUAUGGCCUACCAAUCCCAGGCUGGCAGGUCCAUUGAUAAGGCACUGACAAGAGGUCCUCCCUGCAGCACACUGUCGUUUGUCUCGUCUUAGAUUCCAGAAGGUGCAGCUUCCAUCUUCGGCCACUGUAAUGUAUGGGGACAGAAAGACUGUCAAGGCUGUGACU